CUUGUUGUUGUUGAGGAGGACGCGCAGUUUGGAGUCCCGGGUUAGCUGUCAUGGGCGUAGCCAGGAUUUACGUUAGCUGUGCCAAGUGCGCCUGCUGCGCUCAGUCUCUCCGCUCUUCAGUAAGGGAAGGGAGGGAGAACGUCUCCUGUUUCCAUCCCUCGCCAUUGGGAUGCCAAUUUAGGACACUUCCAGCCUGCCACUAUCGUAAAUUUAGGGAAAUCCCCAGCUCAAUCCGAAACCCUCUGGUUCCUAACCCUGCUCAUCCCGGGGGCGGCGGCUUGUCUUUCUGCAGCAUUGCUAGUCCUUUCCAACUGACCUGUUGACUGAAAAAUCUUUGAUAGCACAAAGUUUUCAGCCUGUCGUAAAUUCAGUGCGAGCCGUUAAGGGUCACUUCUGAACGAGUCGUUUAAUGGAGCACGAAUCGUGAUGCGUUUGCACAAAGCUCGCGCGCGGAGGUUAGGCAAUGGCUGUGCGCGCACACGGCUCUUUGCCCCGGCUGGCAGGGCGCUCCCACCUCUGGGGUCUGAAGCCGAGUACGCAGCACGAUUUCAGUUCAACCCACCCUGCGUGAGAUGUUAAAAGCAAGAGGAGCCAUUGGUGCCCUCGCUGUACUGUUUUGGACACCCUCUGAAAAGUUCUUAUUUUAAUUUUUUUUAAUAAUCUGCAAGCCUAUUCAUUAGCCCCAAUUGUUCCUGCCACCCCAACCUCAUUCAGCCUGAGAAAGAAUUCUGUUUGCUCACAAACUUUGGGACAUUUUGCUUGGUUACAAAGUAACAAAGUUAUUGCUAUAUUGUGGCGUUUGGAUUUUCCCGUUCAAUUUCAAGGCUCCUCCAUUUCUCUUACUUGGGGAGCAUAGCCCAGGUGUGCUGGGAAGUUGCCAGGACAAUCAGAGAUCCGUUGGAUCCUACAUCCCUGUGCAUCUUCCUCUAGGACAGCUCCCUAAUUAGUUUAUUCCCAGCUGACCUAUUUCAUCCUGAUUUGAUUGCACCAAGUUUUCAAAGGAGUCAGAUGCCUGCUGUUAAGCAAUCAUUCCCACUGUCUUGUAUGAGCUCCCCACAAAUAAUUUUGCAAUUGUUACUCUGGACUUUCCAGUGCAUUUUCCAUUACUUUCCUUACUGUGAAAUGUAAGAUUCUUAUGAUCUGAAAUGAAAUCAGUUUUCUUGUGCAAGCUUGCCAAACCCAGUUUAAUUCCAUUACUGAAAUCAAGUACUGUAUGUCCCGGACGUCCCCGGACUGUCCAAAUAAGGACAGUCUGCAAGUGGUCAACAGAGUUGGGAUGUCCUUUCCUUCCAAAAGGGGGCAAUAAUUCACACUCCCCCCUCUCCCUCCCCUCUUUGUGGGAAAUCCAGAAAGAGGAGUCAACUUCAACAUUUUCUGUUUCCUGGAAUGGGCACUCAGCCAAAUGUGGAUCCAGCAGGGAAGACUUCUGGGCAUAACUUAACUUAUACUGUGAUACUGAUCACAUCUGCAUCUCUCACUUACUCCAGCUUGCUCACUUGCCAGCGCCGUGCAUCUUCUACCACUGCAUCUCUACUCUACAGAGAUGUAGCGAGUUGUUGAGUCUGAAGUCCAAAGUCACAGGACUCAGCAAGAUUGGUAAAGAAAAAGCGAUUUAUAUGCGUUGUAUAUGCGAAGAGUCACGAAGAGUCGGACACGACUAAACGACUAAACAACAACAACAUGCGAUAUAACAUUGUGCCACCAGAUGGCGCUGUGUACUCCCAUUUAUUUCUCUACCUGGUUUCCCUGUUUAAAUUUACAAUGCGUUUAACCGAAACGCUUCUUUGAUGUGUCUAGAUUCAGUCUCAGACUCCAUGGUCCUUUUAUAUAUACAAAUGCAUCUGUAACUGCAGCCUAAGACUGCCUCCAGAUUGCUACUGUAUGUGAACUGUGAGUAAACUGUAUUUUAUUCAAAGAAGACUGUUUCUUUUUUGUGCUGCUGUUGUUUUAAGGGGGAUAAAAGGGGGAAAUACCAGGAAAACCCAGUCUGCUGCACCAAGGCAUCCUGGAUUGCUGCAUCAAAUAGACUGAAACAGCAGCUUCCUAAUUUUGUCGCAAAAGGGGUGUACUCUGCUAAACUCACAAACGAGUUUGCUGUUUUACAAAACCACUCCCCAAAUGCCAUAAUGGAUUCCAAUCCGAUUGCACCACUGAGCCCCCAAUCCUUCUCAAGAGAUGAGUUGGAUGCUUACAUGCCAAAAGCAAUGAAGAAGUUUUAUCGGGGUGAACCAUUGGCACUGGGGAUCACACAGAUACUCAUCGGAGUUAUGCAAGUUGCUCUUGGAGCUGCGCUUCACACUGCGCCUUAUUAUUAUUAUUACCCUUACAUUGUAAUUGAAGCACCAAUCUGGAGCGGAAUCUUGUACAUCAUUUCAGGAUCCCUCUCUGUGGCAGCUGCCAGGAACCCCAAAAUGCCAAUGGUGAAAGGGAUGCUGGGAAUGAACAUCGUGAGUUCUGUAGCGGCCGGCAUUGGAAUCAUUUUCCUCUGUUUUUCAAUGGGUCACUAUCCAUAUACAAAGAACAGCAUAUUGUGUGGAAUCCUGGCUGUCUUCCUGGUAUUCAACGUCCUUGAGUUUUGCAUCACUAUCUCCACCUCUGUGUUCGGCUGCAAGCCUGUUUGCCAGGACAACUACACCGAAACGGUAACGCUGAAGAGAGUGGAGUUUGGUGACCAGACUAGACAAAGAUAUUCCGGGGUUGUGGUGGUUUACCAGAACGUGAGCCCAGGUGACGCUGUUGCUCUUCCAGCUGCUUGCAAGGAUCCCAGAUCCCCCUGACUUGCUGUUACUUCAUCCCAUCCUCCUUGACUGCCAUUUCCAAUGUCAGGAGAGAAAAAAAUACUAAAUGUGCACUUAGGCACCAAGCAGGUUUCGUGACUCAUCCUAGGGCAUCUUUGAAGAAAUCUAUGUCUAUCAGGCCCUAGAUCAUCUUUGAAGAAAUCUAUGUCUAUCAGGCCCAUGCAAAUAAAACACUGGGAUUUUGAUAAGGCAGCGUGGCCUGUUGUUUGUUGGGAAGACUGGCAACUUUUAAGUUAGGAGCAACAUUUUAAAAGUAGAUCAGGGGAAAUGUAAGAAGCCAAUCAAUGGAAGCCCUUUAAAUGAAUAGGACCAUUUUGAAUGAAAACAAUGAUAAAGAUUUCCAAAAGAAACUAUAGCAAAUACUGUAUAAUGUUGCGAACUAGGCCUUGCAUGAGAAUAAGAAAAAGAAAAACUGCAAACAGGAUGUGGGUUGACUGGACGAAUAAAGAUUCCCCAAAUUGCACUAGAUAUCUUUCAGCAAGGUAUGAAUGCAAAACAAGAAAUAUUAUACAAUGAUAUUAUACAUUACUCAAAAUUUCUGGUCUUCUGUUUUCGUAUAGUUUAGUUUCCAUGGCUUCUGACAUGCUAGAACAGAGGUGAGGAACAUCUGGCCUGUAGGCUGAUGUGGCCCCCCAGGGCUUUGAAUCCGGCCCUCAGGAGUUUUCCCAGGCUCCUACCCUCCUCCUGCAUCAUGCCAGUCACCAGUCCUGCCUUGCAAGGUCAUUUUGCCUGGCUGGAAUGUGUCUCUGAACUUCGAUAAUGCCUCUUAUUUGCCUGGUGGGAGAAGUGUGUGGUUCCAUCAGAGCUAUGCACUUAAAGCAGUAUCACAACACUUCAAACAUUCAUGGCUUCCCCUCAAGCACUGGUCUUCAACUGAUGGAUCUCACUAGUACAUCACAGCCUUAUCCAAGUUGGUUUGCAACAAAACUGGAGCACUGAAUAUAGGGUAAAAGGUGAGAAUUGGGUCCCCGAGUGCAUGUUUGGGUAGGGUUGCCAUAUAUCUGGGAAAUCUCAGAGGAGUCCUGGAUUUGGUUCCUUUUGGGGGCAUCGGGGGAGGAUUUUUAAAAAUAAAACUGUAGUUAAUGUCUGGGUUUGGGUGCUGUGCCGGUGGCGCGAUUGGCGGUGGUGCGGGGGCCUGCUAAAAAAAGCUAAACAAAUUUGUGGUGGGAUCUGGAUUUUUACCUUUUGAAAUAUGGGAAAUCUAUGUUUGGGUUAAAAGCGGGACCUGGGUCUGGGUCUGAAUGCUUGGACAUGGAGUGUUAAAGUGUGGACUUCUACCUGGAAUGAUCAGGGCAAAACGUUACCAUCAUUGCUUUGUGUGGCAACCAGUUGAGAUCACAUGACGCCUCCCAUUUCCCACAGAGCAUUUCUCACCGGUACCCAGGCAGUGGCGCUGUUGCAUCACAAACAGAUAGUAGCUGGCUAUUUGUUUGUGGAUGCACCAUCCAAUGGAGCGAUAGGCUGGGUUCUCUCCCCAAGAGCAGUUCCUCCAGUGGCUUUUAUGAAGGAAAAAGGUGCCUCGGGAACCCACCUGCUAUGGUUGUGCUACUUCUGGUUUGUAGAGCUAGUAAUACUGAUUCCCAAGGCAGCUUCGAGAUAAAAUCCUCCAGUGAAUAUAAAUGGGGAAUUGUGCAUGUUAGGUGCCAAACAUUUCUUGACUUCAUUAGGCAGGCAUUUCCAAUCGGAAGGAGAAGAAUGCUUGAAAGCCAUGGCUUAUUGCCACACUGCAAGCAGUGCCGGAUUUACGUAUAAGCCAAACAAGCUAUAGCCUAGGGCGCCACUCUCUUGGAGGCCCCCCCAAAAAUUUAAGGAAAAAAACACCUGGAUGUACAUUUUCAAAAUAUAUGAUAAAAAACAAAUAAAAUAAAACCUACAUACAACAACAGUGUUUUGUGUUGUGUAGGCUCCUAUGGUGUAAGUAAUGGGGCCCGCCUGCUGGCCUGCUCCCUAAAAUAUCACUGGUUUGCUCAUUUCUAUAUAUAGGGUGCCUACAUUCUGCUAUUUAUAAUUAUUAGUAGUUUGCAUCAUAUAUUUACACCUAUUAUUAUUUCAUGUUAUAGCAAGUUUCUAGAGACUAGAUUAUGAGUCUUUGUAAAUUGUGUUUCUAAAGGAACUUUUGCUAUUGCCAAGUGCCAGUGUGUUUGCAUUAUUAAGUUUGUUAUGAAUAAAAAAAAUCAUCUUAAGUUAAAGCUUAAUAAUUAUUUCACUAUUAAUAUAUUUCUUCUUAAUUGUAUUUCAGUUCAACAAUUACUUUGAUAAAAUACUUAUUUUGUUAUGUGCAAAU